AUGGCGGAUUAUUCGAAGGAUACUAGGGAUCUGACGCUGCUCAAUACUGCUGGGCAGCUGACGAAGGUCGUCGGGUUCAAGUUGAGGAACAUAAAACCCUUCACCCCCUACAAAAUCUGGGUGCGAGCGUUCUACAGCUUCUCCUUAGACGGCGUCAAAUCAUCAGACCUGUUGGAGCGUCUUGGAGAAGCGUCGACGCCUUUAUACGUCCUGACUGACGUCAAACCGCCGUCAGCUCCCGUCAUCAUGAAUCUGACUUGCGAUCAGCCCAAUGACCUACUGGAGCGUUUGGGAGAAGCGUCGACGCCUUUAUACGUCCUGACUGACGUCAAAUCGCCGUCAGGUCCCGUCAUCAUGAAUCUGACUUGCGAUCAGCCCAAUGGUGUCCUGUACCUCCAAUGGCGGCAGCCUCUCGAGUACAACAACACCCUGGACCAGUAUGUGGUGACCCUGAGAAAGAUACCGGAGCUGCAGCCCCGAACCAGACUGAAACUGCCCACUAGCAAGGCAGAUAUCGAGACUACCAUCAGUGUUUCGGUGGAGCUGUGGAACGCGACUCGCUACGAGGUGAAGAUAUACGCCGUCACGCUGUCGGUAGCAAGUCCUUUGCUGCUCGUCAACGGUACCACUUCAGAACCCAAGGAGGUUUCCCCCGAGUGGUGUCAAGUCCACCCCGAGGCUCGAGCGCCGAGCGACCAAAUAGAACAAUCAAGCAUGAACGCUGCGAUACUUGGUGCGGGCGCCAUUGCCUUACUUGCGUGUGUCGGCGCUGCCCUAUUAUACUGGAGGUGCAGAUCCCGUCUAAGCAAAUGCAUCAGCGCCGCCUACAACUACCUCGAGGAGGGCGGUGAAAGAGCCGCCAGGGCGCCGUUAAACUCCUACAAGAAACCUGGUAAUGGUAAACUGCUCUCCGUUGCGCCCGCGGGUUCACCCACACCGGCCGGGCCGGAGAGCUCCGCCAAGCCGCCGCGCAUCGGCGGCGCGCAGCAUCCUGUAGUGUGCGCGAGAGACUUCCCGAAGCAUGUCGCCUCUUUGCAUGCUGAUGGAGACAUCGGGUUCAGCAAAGAGUACGAGAUAGUAGUUGCCAAGUCUGCUGCUUUGGGUCACACGAGCCACUACAGCCAUCGGCCAGAAAACAGGCUCAAGAACCGCUACCUCAACAUCACUGCAUAUGACCACUCCCGCGUCUGCGUAUCAUCCGGCGGUCGUUGCGGCGCAGCAGGCUGCGCGGGCGCAGCGGCCGGCAGCGGCGGCGCGCAGUGCGGAUACGUCAACGCUAACUUCAUAGACGGGAUACGGGACGAGCUCGACGCUAACACUAGACGGAAGAUCGAGCGAAAGAUACGCAGACAACCAUCAGUGAAACCCGCCAAGCCGCCGCCCAUAGUCGCUGAAGGCAUCGAGAGCGCGUUCCUCAACAUUGAAUUCUCUGGUAUCGUGGAAAGCGAGCAAAGCGACAGCGAUAGCGAGCGAAGCGAUAGCGAUCCGGAGCUCGACGAUGUUUACGUUGAUGUUGAUAGCGUCCCAACGCGAGUGAGGCUAGAAUGGCUAGUAUGGAAACGACGGUACAUAGCCACUCAGGGCCCCACCCCGCACACACUCGACGCGUUCUGGCGUAUGAUCUGGCAACACAAAGUUCAUACUGUCGUUAUGAUCACCAACCUAGUCGAGCGAGGACGGCGCAAAUGCGAAUGUAUGUAUUUUUCUGACAUGCCGGGCGGCGGUAGAGGCAGCUCCUCAGAAUUCGGCGGCGUGCACGUCACACUACUGCACGAAGACGUUCGCGCAGCGUACACCGUGCGCCAUCUGCGGGCGAAGAACAACAAUCCUAAAUCGGAUAGCGAACCAGCAAGUCCAACGAACGAAGCAGAUGCGGCGGGCCGCAUCAUAGUCCAAUACCACUACACAGUAUGGCCCGACCACGGCACACCCAGGCAUCCACUCGCUGUGUUACCCUUCGUAAAGGCAGCUGCGGCUGAUCCUGGCACUGUAUUGGUGCAUUGCAGCGCGGGCGUCGGUCGAACAGGCACCUACAUUGUCCUCGACGCUCAACUCAACCAGCUCAAACUCACCGGCACCCUCAGUCCCUUGGGAUUCCUCUGUCGCGCGCGCACACAACGGAACCACCUCGUGCAAACAGAAGAGCAAUAUGUCUUCGUGCAUGAUGCUUUACUUGAACAUGUUCGAUCAGGAAACACAGAAGUCGAGUUCUCAAAAGCGAGAGAAUAUCUAGUCAAACUCCUCCAACCUAUCUCCGAAGACGAACUCGCAGUGUUAGACCUCAAGCCUAAACAAAAGAGCAUCACCGACUUAACAAACGGCAUUGAGAACGGUGAAACAGCCAGUUUGAAAUCUAGUAAAGAAGUGAGCGAAAACAAUGCUGAGAACGGCAGUCAGUUAUCUAUAAAGACGGAAGACUUGAACAGUGAGCAGAGUAAGAGUGUUAAAGAGGAUGAAGAGGGUAAAGAGAUGGUGAACGGGGAUGAGAGCGAAGGGGUGUAUGAUCUGGCGCCUCGGUCGACGGACACGUAUAGUAAGAAGAUGCAGGCGUAUAAUAAUAUGACUGAGGAGGAGAAGGAGGAGAUGAGGAGGGCGAACAGAGUAGAGAACUACGCGUUGCUAGAGCGCAUGCGGUCGCUAGCGAACCGGAAUCAAGCGUACCAGGGCCCGCCGCCUGUCAAUCUACUCGAGAAACAGUUCUUGCUAAUAACGCGGUCAUGCGUGGACGCAUCUGUGUCUGCGCGAGCGCCCCACAAUUUGGACAAGAACCGGCCCGGCGCCGCGUUACCUUCCGAUACGGCGCGAGUGAUGCUCGUACCGAAACCAGGAGUUGAAGGGAGCGAAUACGUGAACGCCUCCUGGGUGUGCGGGCGGCGGCGCCUGCGCGAGUUCGCCGUCACGCAGCACCCGCCGCCCGGCGCCGCGCCCGAGCUGUGGCGUCUGCUGUGGGACCACACGGCGCAGCUAGUGCUUCUCCUUCAUUCGCCCUCCGACCCGGAAUGCGAAACGUUCUGGCCCACUGAAGACGAGAAGGAACUGUUCGUAGCCAACUUCAGAGCGAGCUUCGUUUCCAAAGACACCUACGUGGCCCAUCGGAAAACCAGCCGGAAACCGACCCCCACGGAAACGCCCGUGGAACCGGAAAUCAACGGCUACCGGCGGCAGGAGUCAGACUGUGCUGAUGACGAAAGAUUAAUACCAGAAAACAGCUCCCCAGUAUCAGAUGUCGAGCCCGCCUACCGCUUUGAUAGAACUGAAUUAAGGCUUGAGCGACUCAGCACAGGAAACAGAGAUUUAUCAACAAGAAAAUCCAUAGCGAACGGAGACUUAUUCUCAUCUUUUUCAGAAAAGAAAUCGGGCCCCAAAUCACCCAAAUCUCCUUCAAAAAUGUCUCUCAAAAACUUUAAGUUAAGCUCCCCAACGAAAUUCAAAUUCCCAGAUUGGGGAUCGAGAACCGCCGGCUCCCCGCCUGAUGUAGCCCCGCCCCCUCCCCCAGUAGCGCCAUCUUUGACUGUAGAAGAAGAGGCGGAACUAAGACGACCCUGCUACAGGUUCGAAAAAGUCGAUAGCGUGCCUGAAAACACGCCUACAGAUAGAAUUAUAGAAGUAACGAACGUCAGCGUACACUCUUUACAAGACGAUUACCAAUUAAGUGUUAAGUUUAUACAAUGCUCUGGUUGGCUGGAUGGGGAUACGACGGAGUACACUCAAGGGAAGCCAGAAGAGAAUGAGUUUGUGCGAGCGGUGCGGGACGCUAGUGAGAGCGAGAGGCGAGAGGCGGUGGAUAGGCUGAUAGCGCCGUAUCGGGACUCGUUCGCGUUGGUCGAGUUCGUUGCCGGGUGCCAGAUGGAGUACAAGAAUGGACCGGUGGUUGUGGUUGACAAAUUCGGUUCGUGGAAGGCCAUGUCGUUCUGCACGCUGAGCGCGGCGUGCGGCGGCGCGCGCGACCCCUCCCUCCCCGACGCGUCCUUCCGCCCCGCCUCCGACGACUGCGCCGACCUGUACUGCUGCGCCGCGCUCGCCGCGCAUGCGCGCUGCAGCCAGCCGUGUGGCCCGCCGCCGCACUCCCUGCGAGCGCUGCUCAAGCAGUACUGCGCGCUGGCUGCCUACGAUGUGGCCAAGAGCUGAGCCAGGUGUGUAGUCUAGUAGCGACUGCGCCGACCUGUACUGCUGCGCCGCGCUCGCCGCGCAUGCGCGCUGCAGCCAGCCGUGUGGCCCGCCGCCGCACUCCCUGCGAGCGCUGCUCAAGCAGUACUGCGCGCUGGCUGCCUACGAUGUGGCCAAGAGCUGAGCCAGGUGUGUAGUCUAGUAGCGACUGC